AUGGCCGCGCCAUUGUCCAACUUGUUCAACGGAACACUCUUCUGGGUGUCUUCGUAUGUCUCCCGAAGACGCGCAUUGAAGGAGUUGAUCAAACAUCACGGCGGCCGUGUAGUGAUAAGUCCCAAAGAUGCCGACAUCAGAUUGGUGGACCCUGAAAAAAAGGGCCAUGAUGUGUCUCUUGACACCUACUCUUACAUGUGGGUAGAGCGUACCGUCGAGAAAGGCCAGCUGGAGCCUUUUGAACCCUACCAGGUACAACCCUCAGGGCCGCGUCCAAUGGGUGCCUCUUACAUCGCCCCAAAGGCCACCAGAGCAGGCUACACGCUCAAAGAUGACCAACUCCUCUUUGACUGGGUUGCAGCGUACAAAGAGAUUACAGGUACGGGGGGAAACGGUAACGGCGUAUAUCAAGAGCUCGAGAAAUAUUAUCCCCAGCAUCCUUGGCAGUCCUGGCGUUCUCGCUAUGUCAAGAGACUUCGGGGCAGUCCUCGUCCAGGAGGUGGUGAACCCAGGCCAAUCGAAGAUCUUCUACCAAUCGAGUCUAAUCCCCCUAGGUGGGCAGUCGUUCAAUAUCGAGAAGAGCCGGCUGUUAGGGUAGAGGAGCCGAAGCUACAAGCGGCUUCCUCAAGGACUCCCAAAAGGAAACGCGAUUCUACUCCCGGACCAUCCAGUGUCUUUCCAAUUGGUGCUGACCUGGCACCAUCUCCAAAGCGGAUAUCUGCGGGGACUACUCUAAUAAAUGCCACGCCGGCAACGCGCCAGUCUCCGCAUGAAGUUCGUGAAUCCAGGCCACUAUCGCCGAGUCUGGCAAUACCCUUGCCGCGGAAUUACCAACCAGAUCCCACUCAACCCGCUGCUACUCACCCUACCCAGUCACCACAUGCAGCCGAGGCUGCUGCAACCCAGAGCAAGCCCCCACCAAGUGAGCCAGCGAUGUCAGCAGCAUUUCUGCUCGAACUCCCUUUCUUCCCAUCUCCUCCAGAGCCAGAAGAGGACGAUGGGAAAUCCGAGGACGAAGACGAAGACAUAGACUAUGACGAGUGGGUUGGUAUUCACGAUAUUAAUUUGUGGAUCGAUUCACGAAUCGCACGACACGGCGUCGAUGAAUCGGAAGUGAUCAAUACCCUGCGAUGCACGAGCAUGAAUCCCAUAAUCGCGGACAAAGUCCUCAGACUCGUCGCUGCCGGAAAGGAUAUUCCCACCGACAUGCGCGGGUUCUGGACACCAGAGGACGACCAGUGUCUUGAGGGAGGUGAUAGUUACGGCGUCGAGCGCGUGCUGAAAAAACAUGGAGACGAGGCGGUCACUGCCAGAUGGGAAUAUUUGAGCAUGGCACGGGGAUAA